CCGCUCGCGCUCCCUUCGCUCGCCGCGCCCUCGCUGCCUCUCCUCGCCCCCUCGCUCGCUCUCUCCCCACAUCGAGGCUGCACUGGUCCUCUCCAUCUCCCCCCCAGCAGCGACCCCGCGCCCCGCUCGCACCGCGUCCCCGCGCUACCCUCCAGGCCCUGGAUCGGCGGCGGGGACCUUCGGGGUCGAAGGUUCUGGCCCGCCCGCGCCCCUCGCCCCUGUCGCCCCCAGCUCUGCUCCCAGCCGGUUCGGGUGGCUCGGCGAUGGCUCGCCCGCACACGGGGCGCUGAAGGCAUCCCGGAGACCCGGAGCACAAGCCCGGGAAAGAACGCACAGCAGAAUUGAUGAGUAGAUCCUUGGACUCAGAGGUUGGCUGAAACACACCAUGCCUGCUUCCAGCUUUUGCUCCAGAGAGUUGUGAAUUGCUCAUGCCUAUAGGGAGGAAGGAUGGCACAUGGGAUUCCUUCUCAAGGCAAAGUUACCGUAACGGUGGAUGAGUAUAGCUCAAACCCCACCCAGGCAUUCACACACUAUAACAUCAACCAGAGCAGAUUCCAGCCGCCACAUGUACAUAUGGUCGACCCCAUCCCAUAUGACACUCCAAAACCAGCGGGCCACACGCGGUUUGUCUGCAUCUCAGACACACACUCCAGAACAGAUGGUAUCCAGAUGCCUUAUGGGGACAUCCUUCUCCACACAGGCGAUUUCACCGAGCUGGGACUGCCCUCAGAGGUUAAGAAGUUUAAUGACUGGUUAGGAAACCUGCCAUAUGAAUAUAAAAUUGUGAUUGCUGGGAAUCAUGAACUGACAUUUGAUAAGGAAUUCAUGGCAGACCUCGUUAAACAGGACUACUACCGUUUCCCCUCUGUGUCCAAAUUGAAACCAGAGGAUUUUGACAAUGUCCAGUCCCUCCUGACUAACAGUAUUUACUUGCAAGAUUCAGAGGUAACCGUGAAGGGAUUCAGGAUAUAUGGUGCACCUUGGACCCCGUGGUUUAAUGGAUGGGGCUUUAACCUACCCAGAGGCCAGUCUCUGCUGGACAAAUGGAACCUCAUCCCUGAGGGCAUCGACAUACUCAUGACACAUGGACCUCCUUUAGGUUUCCGGGACUGGGUUCCAAAGGAGCUUCAAAGGGUUGGCUGUGUGGAGCUCUUAAACACAGUCCAGAGGCGAGUUCGGCCCAAGCUCCAUGUGUUCGGUGGAAUUCAUGAAGGGUACGGCAUCAUGACCGACGGGUACACCACCUACAUCAAUGCCGCAACCUGUACAGUCAGCUUUCAACCGACCAACCCUCCAGUUAUUUUUGACCUUCCAAACCCGCAAGGCUCCUAAAGCUCUCAGCAUCCUAUUGGAAUGUGAGGGACGGUCUACAAACUGCCAUUUUUCUAAUUAUAAACUUACAUCCUCUGACUUGUUUAUUUUCAAAUCCUGUGCGUUCUUUUUGUAAAUUGUUGGAACAGGAAAAAACAAACAAACAAACAAACAAGCCGAUGCUAGAGUUGCGCCGCCUCUUUUUGCUUUUUAAGUGGGGUAUCCAUUUGAAAUCAAAGGAACAUUGUGAAUUUGUAAAAUGACUUCUGUUUGCUCAAAGGCCACGCCAUUGUAAAGUGUUAGUGUUUGCCAAAGGACAGCCAAACUUUCUUUAAAAAAUGAUUUUAAAAAGUCUUAUUUGAAUAUGCUUUAAGCUGAGAGAAAAAGAUUUAAAAAGAAAGAAACACAUAGCAGUGUUUUGAAAACCACCCAGAUUUGCACAACUCUUUGAGUACUGUUUGAUGUGUUUUGUUGUUGUUUUCUUGGUGUUAUUUCAUUUUUAUUUUGCAGAUGUGGCUCCGAUUUAGAGCAAGCUACACAGAAGUAGGUCUGGAAAAAAACCUUAACUUCAUGCUGGCUGUAAAGAAGACUGUGCCCAAGGUGGGGGACAGUCCUCAUUCACAGGCUUAGCCAGAGAGGUCCAUGUCAUGGCUAUACACACUCUCAUUGUUCGUUUCUUUCUUUUAAAUUAUUUGAGCUUUAAAAAUAUGGAAGCAAGAAUCUGUCAAGAGCAGAUAUUCAUGCAAGGAAAAGAGUGUGCAGACUCCUUUUCAACGUGGACUUAUAUAUGUAUAAAUAUUUUUGUGCAUUAUGACUAAGUUAGGAGUUUAAUAUUGCCAUGGACAGUACAACUGCAAAGCAGGGCUAUGCGGCAGCGCAUCAGAAGUCCGAAGGAACUGACCCGUCCUUUCUCUGAACGCAAGGUCUUAAAGAGCUUGAGUUCAGUCUAGGUACAGUAACCAGUGUGUACAGACUUCAGCGGAUGCAUUGGAAGCGAACUAAACAAGGCUUAGUCGUCCUUUCUAUUUAAAUGCCCUGCGUUGUCUUCUCACUUCCUCCUCCCCCUCCCAUUUUGCACUGUGUGUUGAUGCAAUCUUCGCUAGCACAAAAUGCUGUCGCUAAUAAUCUUUCUGUUCUCUCAUUGUCAAUGCCAUUGAGCUCUAUUCUAUUUUAUGUUACCUUAAAAUUUAGGAAAGCAGUUGUUUUCUUUAAAUUUAUUGUGAUAUUCUAUAUCUAGCGGCCUUUAUAUGCAAAUAAAAUUGCAAGAUUUUUAAAUCUGUGCUGAGUGGUUGGGCUAUCUGGGGAAGGAUGGUAGAUUUGUCCCAGAGAAAGGAAGAUUUAUUUACAUGCAAUUUAAGUAAUCCCCUCUGAACCAUUAGAAUAGUGUGGGGGGGGUCUGAUUUUCAAUAAAUGUUUAUGGCCUGCCAAUCAAUCACAGGCCAGCAGGUACAUCGAUAAGGCACUGACAGUACUGGCUCUUUGCAGCACACUGUCAUCUGUCUUGCCUUAGGUUUGAGAGGGUGCAGCUUCUAUCUUUGGCCAUUGUAAUGUCUGAAGAACAGAGACUAUCAAGGCUGUGACUGCUGUUGUGGGACCUGUGAGUGGUAUUGAGUAGGGGAAACCAUAGAGGACAGGGAACCCCCUCACUGAACAUUCUCAUUUGUCCUCAUGAGUUGUCACCACCCCCGAAGCCACCAUCCUCCCCUGACACACACUGUUUUGUUGUUGUUUUAAUGAUUCCACUAACAUGUUCUGUCAAAGAGAAGAGAGGGCCAGUGGUGGGAUGUGAGAAUUAUGUGUACCUCUUUUAUUUUGUCUAGAAGAACCGCUGAAGAGAAGCAAUAGAAUCUUGCUAUUAUGGUUGCUUGUGGGGGUUUUAUUUGACAGCAGAAGGUUUUUGUUUUGUUUUGUUUGUUAUUGUUGUUGUUGUUUUGAUUUUUCUGACUCGGUCUCAUGUAGCCCAGCCUGGCUUAGAAAUCUCUGUAACAGAGGAUGACAUUGAACACUUGAUCCUCCUAUCUCCAGCCUCUAACUGCUGGCUUUACAAGUGUGCACCACCAUGCCCAGCAGCAAUAACAUCUUACAUCUGCACCGCGUCUGUGGACUGCUUGCCAUUCUGUCUACUCAUUGUGGUUCCAUUGAUGCAAUUCAUGGAUAAACUCUUGGUUUCAGCACCGUUCUUAGAAUGGCAUUACAAAUUCUCAUAAGCAUUUUAGUUGUAUCCUAUAGGCUUGUCACUUUCUCAUCUGAGACUGUAUAACAGGUGCAUGGGCUUCCCAACCAGAGGAGUUUAUGACUACGGUAGCUAUGAUGGAUGAGAUGGAGUCCUGAGAGAAGGUGGAAUUCCUCCCUUAAUCUGCUGACUUGGUGUGAGGAUCAUUGCCUUCCACCCCUUCCUAGGGGAUGGACAGAGAAGCAGUGUAUGGAACAGACAUCUUACCUGGCACCUAACCAGGACAUGGGCUCUGACAUCUCUAAAAGGCAAAGGAAGAUCUCCAGGAGUAGUGGAUGAUGCCAAGGACACGUGUGGUCCUUGAGAGCACAUUUGGACACCAACUAAUUAAGCAAAACACUUGCUAAAAAUUGCCUUUCACUGUGCACUAGUAUAAAUGACACAUUUUGCUGUGUCUAGAGCAUUCGACUGACUGUCCACAGGGAUUCCUGCUACCAGCCCACACUCUGCAUGCAUGAACUGCUUCCGGAGUGUCCAUGAUGACUAUCCUAAAGUCUUCUCUUUUGACCCUUAUAACAGUGAAUCCUACAAAAAUGGUGGUUACAAAUCUAGCACUUUCUGUUCCAUUACCAGACAAUCUGUUGAAUAGGUUUCAUAUUUUAUCUUCUUCCUUGAAUCCCAAGCAUUCAUAAGCCACAGUUUAGAGGAAAGCAACACCACUGACAACAGAAUUGCUUCCCUUAGGACAAUGGAAUGUUUUAAGAUAGGUCUAUCUGAGUCCAUAGCAACGCCCUUUCUGUUACUCUGCCUCUGGACCAGAAAAACUAAUUCCUAAGAGCUAACAGGAAAUUGGAGGGCCUGGGACAUUACCUGUUCCCCGUGUAAGAGCUUGCUGAAGCACCUAGCAAAAUGGUUUGAUGGCAAUAUCAAGAUGGACCAUUUCCUCCGUGCUUGGGCCAGGACACUGCAAUGGUCUUGAAGCUUCCAAGCCAUCCCAAAUCCUCUUGGACUAACAACAAUGUCUUCAGCAAGAAGCCAUGUAAUGUGACCUCUGACUUGGAGAUCUCUGUCUGGUGUCCAGGAAACAGUGUGUGUUUGUUCGGUUUGGUCACCCUGUCCUGUCUCAAGAUUCUCCAGGCAGGAUUCUGUCUGUUGACCCUUAACCCCAGAGAGGUCCAGUGGCCUUGUGUCUGAGGAGCUAUGUUGGUGUUCAUGCUUUGUGAACCAUAACCAACUCCCUUUUUUAAAAAUAUGGGCUUUUAUGAGAAGCAGACUAGCGAGCCUGACUUUCUAGCUUGGAUGUCAAACCUUACAAAGUCUCUCUAAUCUCUGAUUAGAGACAGGGGGCUGAGUAACAAGUUGCUAACAUGACUCACGUGGGUCUGCCGUCUCUGGCGUAUCUCUCUCCCCUUGAAUCUCUCACCAUUUCCUUCCAGCUCUGUUUGUGAAUGAGUUGCCCUUGUGUCACAUUAUUUUGUCUUACAAAGAUGAUAGGAGCCUGCUGAAAUCCCUUUCAGGGACAGGUCAGUGUUACUCUGACAGAUGGCUGGCAUUACAUCUGCCUUCAUCUCUAUUGUGUAAGUAACUAAGGUUGUGAACCAGGUCAGCGGGGAGGAUGUGGGGUUUGUCAAUUGCAGGUAAAACAUUUGGUAUGUCUGAGAAUGAUGGCACCGCCCGCCCCCAUGUCCCUUUAAAGUGUGUGGCUCUGGUGAACCAGGGACACCCCAUUUGUUUGCUUCCCUGUGUCUUUUCCUGUCCUAGUCCCAUUUAUGCUGAACAACAGUGAACUGAGACAUCCUUUAGACUGAGGCAUUUUGCACACAGCUGUAUCUGGGUAGGGAGGCUCUUGGUUCAGAAGUCCUUUUGUGAGCUUUCAUACAAAGAUUCAGACUUAUAGCUAAAAAUUACCUUUAAGAUAGAAUGUUUUUUUUUCUCCUACUUUAUAACCAUUAGCGAAAUUGGUGAGUGUGUGUGAGCUAUAGAACUCAGCUCUUCUGCAAAUUCCCAAUCAUUUCCCUCUCUUUUUACACAUCUGCCUUACUUCUCCAGAAGAAGAAAAUAAAUCAUUACCAAAGCCCAGUGAGAAGCCCCACUACUUAGUAUCUAUGUACAGUUCACCUCUGCAAAUCAUACCAGGUUCACAGAGGGCUACUGGCCCUCACCAUUGUCACACAGCUAAUCAAAGAUAGAGUCUCCAUUGAUAUUGGACUCAAUGUUGAACGAUUUUCAACUUGACAUUUGGGCAUAAUCAGGAUGGUGAGGUCAGCUUUGGCCAGAGUAGGAUUUUGUAAUAAAGAAUCAUUUGACAGUGAAGGACAAACUAGGUGAUUUCAAAGAACCCUCAGAGAAGGCCGUCUGGGUGUUCCCCAGAGGUGAGCGUUCCCUCUGUCCACCCAGGCUGCUUGUGGCAACUCUGAAAAUAGCCAGUUCCUCUUAGUCAGGAGAGAGAUGAAUACAUGGUUUCUGUCCUGUGUACAUCAGAACACAGUUAGCUCUAUCAUAUGCGGUGACAUUCACAUGCAUAUGUGUGCAAGUUCCAGAACCUGCUGGAUUGUGGUAAGAUGUUCACCCUGAAACACGCUGAUGCCAUGCUUCUCUUCCCCAGCCCCAGAUCCCACCCUAUAGAAUGGGUAUAAUUCAUCCCUUACCACACACUUCUCAGACAUGAGACCUUCCGGAACCUGUGAGGAGUAUUUACUUCACUCCUCAUAAUUUUAAAAGCAAAUUUGUUUUUUAAGGGAGGUGAGAAUCCCACCAUUCAGCUUACUUUCUGGUACUCACAGCCCUUCAGAGUAGAAAGCUAAUCCUUGAGUCUGCUUGGCAUGUUCAGUUGUAAAAACCCACAUUAGCAGCCUGAAUUGAGCUUUUUAAAUUCUGACUCUUCUUUGAACUGUCUGACAAAACAAUGCGGUAGGUUUUCCCUGACUCCUGUUUCUUCUAGGAUAAGGAAUGCCUUGCAAGAGAAAACUCCUGAGGUAAGGGCUCUUUCCUGUCCCAGAGCAUCUGUAUCUGGGUGAUGGUGAGAAUGGAAUGCAUUUUCAUCAGGAGGCGUGGCCACAGUGGCACUCAAAGCUGGGACAGACUAAACACACGAGGGCGGCAUGUCUCCACCCCAUCAAUCAGCUUUGGUUUUUAUGGAACCACGGUCACCGUGAGGCGCAUCUGAACACUCUCCGCGCCUGUUCACCAGGAGAAAGGAUCUCUGAUUUCAUGGUCCAUUUCUGCCUCCAUGUUAAUGAUGACCCCGGAGACAGGUUGAGAUUUUCAGAAGAAGCUCCUAAAUAGCAGGUGUUCUGGACCACAAGUCUUCCAUGCUUAGGCUCACCAACAUGCACUUGCUCUGGUCCCCUAUCAUGCUUUCUGACGGCUACUUAAUUCUUCCCAAAACUUGCAUUUUCUUGUUGCUUCCCUCAGCUUCCUCUGUCUCUUUGAUGCUGCAUGGCUGCCUACACAUCCGUCAAUCUGUGUCACUUUGGGUGUUGCUUGUGUGCCCAUGGGCUGAGUCCAGAGGCCAUUCUUCCUAUAUGUGUUUCUAACUCCUCCACUCAAGGAGAUGGUUUCUUAAAGUCAUCCGUUUGACAAACAAUAGCUCAGCAUGUGAGAGAGAUGGGCAAAAUUAGUCGCAGGUGAAAUCCACUAAUAUACUGACCACUGUAAACCAAGUCAUAUGCUGGUAAGGUUUAUUUGUAAGACCAGGCUUGCUUCAGAAGAAUCUUAUAAUUAGGUGGAGAGAAUAAGCUAUUGCCACGUGAAGGUGAACAACAAGAAAAGGGUUGAAUCACAGAUCAAGACAAUGAAGGAAAACCAGGGUUGGUCAGAUGGAGGCUUUUCAGUUGCGGGAGUGUCUAUAGAGAAGUACAAGGUGAAGGUCCCAGUCUCAGACAGACAUAAGCAGCUAACGCAAAGAAGGGAUUCUGUGAUAGUGACAAUGUCAGUCUUAAUGCAGCUUCCUUCCAGGAGGAGAAAAGGCAGCAUGGCCAGUGGCAACUCCAAGUGUGUCACGUAGCUGGUUUGUUUUCUUAAUUUACUCUAUGAAAUGGCUUUCUCUAAUGGCAUGCCAUUGACGAAAUGCACCAUAAUGUCCCCAUCCAUCACCUCCAAAUGCUUUUGCAUGCAUCAGUUGUUGACUUGUUUUCUCCCGUUCAGCACAUAAAUGAGAGGAAUGAUUUAUCCAAGGCCACCAGUUACUUUUAUAUGGAAUCUGAAAUAGCUCUCUGGAGAAAUACUGCCCUGAGUGCUUCUGUCUUUGUGCUGCUCUGAGCUCCUACUACAAGGUGUCUUUGGCCAGGGAUUGUACUGGUACCCUCCUGAUGACUGUUUCUAGGGAAUCUGGUCCAGAUGUCCACCCAUUUUGACUAUGACUCCUGGACAUGAGAGGUGACAUUUGGUAAGUGUGACCAUGAGUAUGGAGUGUGGAAAUCGGGGCAUUGGCCUUUGUUGUUGUGGGUAAACGUUUAUUGAGCCAUCAGAUGUCUCCCUGCCACCACCCAUGCUCCAACCUUUUCUAAAGUCACAUUCACCACAUAUAUAAAUGAGUACAUUUAUUUUGUUCACUUGCCAACCUGCUUAUUUGACCUCUGUCUCCCCCAUGGUGGCGAUAUCUAGCUUCUUGUCCCUCAGGAUUUUACAAAGAUCAAUAGUGAAUGAUUAAUUAAUUCAUUCUUGCCAGCUAAAGGGCCUUUGAGGGGGUCAGAGUAUGGUACCUCUAAGCAGGACCUAGUACUGUUUCAGAUACAAGAAGGAAACAGUUUACUAGAUUUUUGUCUCUUCAGAUGAUGAUGAUAGUGGACAUAAAUGGGUCAAAGCAUCAAAUGACAGAGAUCUGCACCAUUAAACACAACACUCCUGUCUGUAGCAUUAAUUUAGUGGAGCAAUUCUUAAAGUGCCAUGUUUACUUUCUCAGUUCGUGUCUCAAAAAUUUGUAAAAUGUAAUUUGGACAAUUUCAUCUGAGAAUAUUUGUUGAAAUCAGCUGUGUAGGAACAUGAGAGAUAAAUAUGCAUCACAUGGCUUUGCAUUAAUGUGUUUUUGGAAGGUAUACAUGCUUUCAUCAAUAAUGUGAUGCCCAGUGUAUAACACAUUUACCCCUUAAUAAAACUGAAAUAAAGUGUUCAGCAGGUAAGAACUUUCUUACACUGUUUUCUAAAGGGCUGAAUGACCAGCAUUAAAAAUAUCAGGACACUAGUCCCAGUGGGAACCAUACACUAGUUUCAUAUUUUUAAGAUGUAGAAACUAUGGCAUAUUGGCAUUACAUUCUUCUCUUGAAUUUUUUGUUGUUUAAUGUGUUAUCUUCACAAAGAAAGGUGGUGUUGUUGGGACGAGUAUGCAGGAAUAACAACAAUAAAGAAGUGCAUUUUUCUUUCUUUUA